AUGAUUAAAUAUCUAAUACUUUCAUUUUCUAUAUUAUAGAUUUUGGGCAGAACGAAAGAUGAAUGGAAAUCUAGAACAGUUUAUUAAUUGUUGACUGAUCGUUUUGCAACAAGUACAGGUAAAUCUAGUUCAUGCAAUUUGAGUAAAUAUUGUGGUGGAGAUUACAAAGGAAUAAUCAACAAUUUAGAUUAUAUCACAAGUAAACAAUAUAAUAAUAUAUUUAGAUAUGGGAUUUGAUGCUAUUUGGAUUUCACCUGUGAAUGAUAAUUAUGAUGGUGGUUAUCAUGGAUAUUGGUAUAGAAAUAUGUAUGACGUCAAUAAAAAUUUUGGAAGUGCAUAAGAUUUAAAAAACUUGGUGACUGCUUGUCAUAACAAAGGUGUAUGGGUAAUGGUUGAUGUAGUUGCUAAUCAUGUAAAUUAGUAUAAUAAUAUUAGAUGGGUAAUACAAACCAAGAUUAUUCAUAAAAUUAUCCAUUCAAUCAAUCUUCUCAUUAUCAUGAUUAUUGUAUUAUAAGUGAUAAUGAUUUCAAUACACACAAUUUAGCAAACAUUUAAAGAUGUAGAUUGGCAGGUUUAGCAGAUUUAAAUUAAGAUAACACUUUUGUUUCAAAUGAAUUAAUAAAAUGGAUUAAAUGGUUAAUAACUGAAUAUUAAUUUGAUGGUAUUAGAAUUGAUACUGUUAUGAUGGUCAAAACUGAUUUUUGGACUAAAUUUACUAAUUCGGCUGGUGUUUAUUCAGUUGGAGAAGUCUUUGAUGGAGAUAUGGGUUUCUUAAAGUAAUUCCUUGGUCCUAUUAAUGGAUUACUCAAUUAUCCAUUGUUUUACACAUUAAGAGAUGUAUUCUUACAUAAUAAAGGAAUGAACACAUUUGAAUCCUUCUUUAACAAUAUGGCUAAUUCAUUUGGUAAAGCUAAUCUUCCUUAUAUGGGCAAUUUUAAUGAUAAUCAUGAUAAUGCUAGAUUUUUAAAUGAUGCUGUUAAUGGUUAUAUUCCUGAAGAUUUUGAGUUCUAUGGAGAAAAUUCUAAUUUCACUGUUACUGCACUUAAAAAAUUAUAAUUUAAAGCUAUCACUGCAUUUACUUUAACAUCUAUUGGUAUCCCUAUGAUCUAUUAUGGAUCUGAAUAAUUUUAUGCUGGUGGUAAUGACCCAAAUAAUAGAGAAGUUUUAUGGAAUCAUUUAGAUUAGUAAUAUAUAUAUAUAUUAUAGAACAUCUGAAAUGUAUAAGUUUAUUAAAACUAUUAAUGAAGCCAGAAAAACUACAAAAGCAGGUUCCUAAGAUUAAAUACAAAGAUAUGCUGAUGCUGAUAUCUAUGCAUUUACCAGAGGAACUUUAUUUGCAGCCUUUUCUAAUAAAUAUGAUAAGUAAGUUACUAAAAGUAUUACUUAUCAUCCUUAUGCUGAAGGUAUCUAUCAUUUUUAUUCUAGGAACAACCCUUUGUAAUAUCUUUUAUGCUACUGAUUGUGUGAAAGUUGCCAAUGGUGCUUUUCCUUUAUAUUUAAAUUAUGGAGAGGUUAAAAUAUUCAUUCCUAAAUGA